UCCUACUCAGUCAGUUUAACAUCAACUUGUUGCACCUACUUUCAAAAAGUUAAUAUUUUACCUGUUUAUGUGAGAAAGUGAACAUGUUAUUUAAUUAGCAUGUUAAAGCAUUGGCGUUCAAACUGUGUUAUCUAAUUUACCGUUACAAUCGGUACAGGGAAGCGGAAUGUGUGUUGUUUUCUAUAUCAAAAUUCGUUACAAUUCCGAUGCACCUGCAGUGCAUUAUGCAGAUACGUCGGGCGUUAAUUAACGCACCAUCCGACAGUAUAUUGGGUUGAGUGCAUUGUUACCAUGACACGACGAAGCGAAUAAUUAAAGUAAAUUUAGUUACGUGGAACUGUGUGUAUCAUGAUAAACUAAAAAAUAAACUAUCUGAGAGACCGAAGAGUCAUCAGAUCACAAAAUGACUCAUAAGUAAGCAGUAGUAUACCUUUUUUGUUUAUUUUUUGUGGAAUGUUGCUUAUUUCAAUGAGUAUAGCUCAAAGAAUGCAAGGCACUUGGCGGGAAUAGUUGUGAAUAAGUAUCUCGUCUUAAAAUGUUCGUAGUUUAUUUUGAAUAGUGCAAUGGCUCAAAGUUCAGUGGAUUCAGAUAGACUAUCUUCAGCUGGUAUUUCUACUCAUAGUUCAGGAACAGCAGGGACAGUUGGAGGAUCUGUAGUUGGUGUAAGGGUUGGUGAUCCAAACCACAAAAGAGAAGAUGAGGAUGAUUACAAUUUGGGUCCAUUACCUCCAAUGUGGGAAAAGGCUUUUACACCAUCAGGAGAAAGAUAUUUUAUAGACUAUAAUACAGGAACUUCACAUUGGCUGGAUCCAAGACUAGCGAGAGUUAGAAAACAUUCUCUAGGUGAAUGUGGUGAAGAUGAAUUGCCAUAUGGAUGGGAACGAGUCACGGAUGAGAGGUAUGGCUCUUAUUAUGUGGACCACAUCAAUAGACGCACUCAAUAUGAAAACCCUGUUCUACAGGCUCGUAGACUCAGAGCUGAGAAAAUGGCUGCGGAAAAUGGUAAUAAUAAUCAAGUAAAUGGUCCUCCAACAACUGGAGAGCUGAGAGGAGAUAGAUUCACUUUAAACCUUACUAAAGGACCACAGGGUUUGGGAUUCACUUUGAUUGGAGCUGAAGGAAUACCGGAAACAGAAGGUUAUUUGCAAAUCCGCAGUAUAGUACCUCAUAGUCCAGCUUGGAUCGAUGGGGCUCUCCGUCCAGGCGACGUUGUGGUGGGCGUGGGGCAGAGGGCCGUUCGAGGGCUAUCUCACGCGCAGGUCGCUCAGAUCUUCCAAUCCAUUACACCUGGCACUGAAGUUACUUUACAUCUUGUGCGAGGCUAUCCCCUCUCUUUCGACUCUGAAGACCCGAACACCCGCGUGCUGAGCACUCUGGCGGUGGACGCGACAACGCCCGCCACGCCCGAUGCCGUCGCCAUGCAACAGCUCACUAGAGCUCUGAGGACUAGAUUCAACCUCGACUCUCCAAAUCACGUUGACACAUCACAAGGGCGAGAUGAAACAGAUAACUCCCCAGGCACUCCGCAUAGCUCCAAUCAACGGAGACUGAUGUCGAGAUCAUUUGAUUUGGACGAGAUAGGAACGACCAAUGAAAACAAGGUGCCUCCGAGAUGCCCUUCUGCAGACCAUCUACUUUCUUUAGCUAGCGAUCAUCCACAUCGCAAUAAUAAUGGAAUUGCAAGCGAGCCGGGUCGUGAGCUCGUCCUCACAUUACGCCGAGGCGCUGCGGGUUUUGGCUUCACCAUAGCAGACAGUGUUCACGGACAGAAAGUCAAAAAGGUUUUGGAUCGCAGUCGGUGUGCUGGUCUACGUGAGGGCGAUCUCCUGCUGCAAAUUGGAGAAACUGAUGUCAGACAUGCGCCACACCAACACGUGGUUCAAGUGCUGAAGGAGUGCCCGGCGCUGUCGGAGAGCACGCUGCGCGUGUGGCGCCGCAGUGCGCGCGCGCCGCGCAGCCGCUCCGCCACGCGCGCCGCGCCCCCGAAUACAAACAACAAUGUCCAGUUGGGUCGAAGUAAGACACCAACAGCUGAACAGCUGAGGUCUGCACCGAUACGGACGCCAGACAACGAGCUCCGAGAAAGACAGAAUGGCAUGAAUUCAGUGGAAGCAACAUAUGCGGUUCCCGAAGCGAAAAACCGCGAAACACGUGAAAGUAUAAUGGAAAGGCGACGCCGUAGCAGCACCCCCGGAGCGAGGCUCACCCUACCCGUGGUCACGCACUGGAAUGACAACCAGGACAGCCAGUGGCAGCAACAACCCUGGCUGGACAACUCCAACAAUGUCAGGAACUGGGCCGAGACUCAGAAAUGGGAUGAAACAGGACAGAAAUGGGAUGGAAAUAACACUGAAUACAUCGGUAGGAUCGAUGGUCCGAGCAAUGGUUGGGAGCGAGGGGAAAGAUGGAAUAACAACUGGGGGGAAGUCCCUACUCCUACCGUGCACGUUGAUAUGAAUGCCGCAUACUGGAGGGGGAACGCGAGCGUUGCGGACAGUAGCGAUAAUGGAGGUUUCCCUGAAGAUGGUAUGCUUCAUUCUCCGAGUACAGCAGCUGUUGGUGGACUAUCUAGACAAUCGCCUUCUACCAGCAGAAACAGACCUCACUCGCCUUCUAAUUCCAAUGGUCGUAUGAGAAGUCACUCGCCAUCAAAUAACAGCGCUUCGGAGCGUCUCCUCGCCAACUCUCCCUCGACACGUUUGCAGAGUCAGUCUCCUUCCAACAACUCUUCUAACAGCCGGAUAAAAGGAUCACCGCUUAGAUUGCGGUCCCCGACACGCUCUCCGUGCUACCCGGAAGAAACGCAGAACGCUCUGUAUGUCGCCAACUACCCACAGGUAGAAGCUGGUGGCGCGACCGAUCCAGAAGCAGAUGUGCUGGUAAGGUUAGCGAGAGGAUCAGCCGGAUUCGGAUUCCGUAUCGUGGGCGGCACGGAGGACGGCAGUCGGGUCGCUGUGGGUUAUGUUGUGCCCGGCGGUCCGGCCGACGGGCUUCUACGGCCGGGCGACUUGCUGACCUCGGUGGAUGGCACCCCGCUGGGGGGCGCCACCCACGCGCUGGCCGUCGCCUACGUUUGCGAGGCAGCCGCUCGCGGCCACGUGACACUCGGUGUGAGACACAACAGAGCUGACAUCCAGCCGCUCGGCCUGCCGACCAUGUCAGCGCCUCACGCGCACCAGCCGCUGCUAACGGCGGAACCGCUGCACCACGUGUCGCCGGCCUCCUACAACAUACUGCACCCGGCGCCGAUGUACCCGCCGGCCGCUCAUAUGUCAAUGUAUGGUGUUCAAUACGACACGAACACAGGAUGGUCUCCGACUCCAUAUGACGUGACUGUUACAAGAAACGAGGGGGAAGGAUUCGGCUUCGUCGUUAUUUCAUCUACUAACAAGGCCACUAGUACCAUAGGCCAGCUGAUCGCCAACUCUCCGGCGGCGCGCUGCGGGCGGCUGCACGUGGGCGACACCAUCGUGGCCAUCAACGGGCAGCCCGUGCGCAGCCUGCCGCACCCCGACGUGGUCGCGCUCAUCAAGCGCUCGGGCGCCGCCGUCACGCUCACCGUCACCCCGCCCGACCCGCGCCACGACUGACUGCCAUGCGCGAUACAGGCAAAAUAAUCUCAAAAUGAAUCUACUUAAACUUCCAAGCAAAAUGAAAAUCUCAUUCCUCCAUUCAGUGGUGUGUGUUUACAGGUAUUUGAAUAAUUACAAUAAGAGCCUAGAUUACUAGAAGUAUUGAAUCUAUAGCUUUAAUUUAAUAUCAAAUUUAUUUUAAGUAUUAUCAUAGUUAUAGUAAUAAAAUUAGACAUAGAUUACUAUUAAAAAUAUAAUUAAGUUCGUAGUACUUAAGUACCUCUUCUUCCGAAUAUUUGCCGUCCAAAUUUUUUAGCCCUUAAUAUAAUACACAAACAUACACUCUAAAAACAAACAAAAUCACAUUUGACCAUAAAAACACGUUUUGCUCAAGUUUUUGUAUAAACUUAGAUAUAAGUUAAAUGUGACCUCUACCUUAUGUAUAAUCUGUUUUUUAAAUAGAUUUUUAUAAUUCUGUAUAUAUUUAAGUGUUCAUGAUUUUAUAAUUCCACGAUGUUAUAGGAUAUGAAUUUUGAAUAAAGUUUUAAAUAAUUAACGUUUUUAGGAUUUUAUAAACGUUGAAUGUAUUGCAAUAAUAAUAAGUGCUAAUUAUAACGAUGAAAAAAAAGGACCAGAAACAGAUAAUUGAAAAGAUUUUAAUCGAUGUAUAAAAAAAUAUUAAUAACUAUAAUGAUUUACUCAAAUGAAAAUAUAAUACUUUGAAGAUUUGAUUGAAAUAUGCAAUUAUAAAUUUGAUACAUAAUUAUUAAUAUACAUUAUCUAAUAUUAUUAGAAAGUAAAUAAAUUGAUAAUGUAAUGACUUAAUUUGUUAUUAGGACUGACAAAAAUUAAAUAUGUCUAUAGUGGUGAUGUAGUUUUCGUUAGAUGGUACCACCGAAAGGAGUGUAAUUUAGAUAAAUUAUUUAAGAGUAAAACAGUAAGUGCCUUCAUGUGAACUGUCUUGCCUUAAUCCAAUUGUUGUAAAAUGUAUCACACCCUUGUAUAUAACGCCCAAAGACUGUCUUAUGUAAUUGCUUACUACAUUUCAAUAGCAGGAGGUGUAGGGUUAAACAAACCAUAAAUUAACGUUUAAUUUGUUAUUAGCUCUGCUAUGAUAUACACUGAAACCAGUCAUUAUGUUAAUAUGUCUUUAAUCUUCAUUUACAAAUCCGAUAUCAACUUCGCCGACUUCGUAGAUUAUGGUCUCGACCAAUGCUGUCACUUCCAUUCAAGGUUACGUUUGUUUAUCUAAUUUUAUUCCAUUGGAAUCGGCAGUAGAUAAAUAUAUUGUUUUAUAAAUUUUAAUGUUUCCCAAGUCUGUAAUGUUAUAAUAUGUAUUCAAAUGAUAAA